AACACACAGAAAGACACAGAGCACGAGGCAGCCUUAGCUUUGUUAGAAGGCUGCGCGCAGAUUUAGUAUUUUAGGUAAAUAUGUGAAUAUUUGCUGUAAAAAAAUGUCUUCAGUUCCGCCUCAGAGAGAGUUUAUCAACGAGCAGGUAACUCCUGCGGAAGAAACAUUCACAGAGUUUAAAGUAAUUAAAGUCAAGAUCGAGGAAGAGAUGGAGGAUCAGACAGAAAUCAACGUAAAGAUGGAGGAAGAGAUGGAGGAUCAGACAGAAAUCAACGUAAAGAUCGAGGAAGAGAUGGAGGAUCGGCGCAGACUGCUGGAUUUUACUCGGAUACCGAAGAUCAUCUUACACCGGAUAGAUCUCCCACAAUGUUGUGUGUGUAAAGAGGAGGAGGUUCUCAAUGAAACAGAACCACAGAGGAACCAACUCAUCUCUCAUGGCUCUGCAGAAGCUGAGAGCCAGAAUCAGGAAGGAAUCAAUUCUGAAGACCCAGGAAAAAAGAGAAAGGAAGAACAGAAACAAAAGGAGAGAUAUGAGAAAACCAAAGAGCAGAAAGGCAGAACUGACACUUCAAAACAAAAAAAGCACAAGAAAGCUCACGCAGGGCAAAAAUUAUAUUCUUGUAAAAUUUGUGAUGAAACCUUUUCUCAAAAAGAUAUCUUGCUGAGACACAUGAGAAUUCACAAAGAUGAGCGGCCUUUUUCUUGUGGGACUUGUGGAAAGAGUUUCUCUCGAAAGGACGCUCUAAAUGUCCACAUGAUAAAUCACACAGGUGAGAAGCCUUUUUCUUGUGGGACCUGUGGAAAGAGUUUCUCUCGAAAGGACGCUCUAAAUGUCCACAUGAUAAAUCACACAGAUGAGAAGCCUUUCUCUUGUGGGUCUUGUGGAAGAGGUUUCUCCCUAAAAACUCAUUUACAUGUUCACAUGAGAAUUCACACAGGUGAGAAGCCUUUCUCUUGUGGGUCUUGUGGAAAAAGUUUCUCUCAGAAAGGCCAUGUAAAUGCUCAUAUGAAACUUCACACAGGUGAGAGGCCUUUCUCUUGUGAGACCUGUGGAAAGAGUUACAGUGAAAGAAGGACUUUAACUCAGCACAUGAAAAUUCACACAGGUGAGAGGCCUUUCUCUUGUGGGUCGUGUGGAAAACGUUUCUGUCAACAAGGUCAUUUAAAUGUUCACAUGAGAAUUCACACAGGUGAGAAGCCCUUCUCAUGUGGGACUUGUGGAAAGAGUUACAGUGAAAGAAGGACUUUAACUAAUCACAUGAGAAUUCACACAGGUGAGAGGCCUUUCUCAUGUGGGUCGUGUGGAAAACGUUUCUGUCAACAAGGUCAUUUAAAUGUUCACAUGAGAAUUCACACAGGUGAGAAGCCCUUC